CUCUUAUGUUAAUUUAUGUGCUCCGAGCUUCCGCCCGUGUGAUUUUCAACAGUUUAAACGGGAACGCGGUAGAGUGGAGUGCAGUGCAGGACGGCGAAGGGAACAAGUGCUCUUUCCCAGUGUUCACCAUGAACGGCAACUUGGUACAGAGGACUGGCCGCGAGCUGACGUUACUACACACGGGAGAUACAUGUUGGGUCGUGGAGUAAAGCGCAAGAUGAGCGAAUACGAGGCGUCUGGGGGGCUGGGUCCGCUGCCGGACCUGCCCUACCCACAGCAGCGGCAGCUCGUGCUGGACCUGUGUCUGAACAAAUUGCAGGGUUGCCACACGCGGGCUGAGCCCAGCCUGCACCGUUCUGUACUGCUGGCUAACACCCUGCGCCACAUCCAGGAGGAGUUGCGGCGGGAAGGUGGGGACCCGCCGGCUAUCCUGGCACCUGCACCACCCCACGUUGCCACGCCCCUGCAUUCUCCUGACAUGCCGCCCAUUCCCCCAGACUGUGGUGUCAUUUGUAGCCCAACUGGAGGCUGCUGGCCUGGCCUGCCCAUAGCCAUGAAGGAGCCAGGGCUUAUAGGGGGCUCUCAGGUGACGGGGCUUCUGACCUGUCCAGGGUGUGGUGAUAGUGAUGAACUGAGUGUCACCUCAUCUUUGUCUGACGAAGAAGUAUGUGGUGGGGAUUUGAGUGUAGACACCAGGUCUUCAGACUCGCUCUUUGGAUCCUUCGAGAUCACAAACUCUACCAGCUACCUGACAGAUCUGGCUUUUGAUGACAUCUUUGAGGACAUCGACACCUCCAUGUAUGACUCUUCUGAUUUCUCUGUGUUGGCCCUGCCCCCGGCACGUGGUACUGGCACCACCACUGGACCGGAGGACAGUCUGAAGCCAUUCCCUAGCUGCACCUCUACUAGCACCCUGCAACUCUGUCUAACGGACCUUAAUGAUCUGGACCACAUAAUGGAGAUCCUAGUGGGGUCUUGAACUGUGGUGGGAACCUGACUGCUACCCUCUCCUUACUCUGUUCUUUUAAAAACAGUUUCCAAUUAAUUUUUUGGGAUGGGAAUGAAAAUAUUUGGUUAGAAUAGUCUAUUUAUAUUUUUAUACAGAAUACUCUAUUUAUAUAAAAAGAGCGAGAUAUGCCUGACAUACACCUACUGUAGAUGAAAAGUGUGCAUUUUGUGUUGAGAUCAAUCUUUCCUAAUUUAUAUGAACUGAGCUUGAACGUGCAAAGACAACCCGAAUCCACAGUAUUAUCACUGUAGGCCAUCUAGCUGAACUUUUAAACGUGUUUUAUCCAGAAAAGCAGCCACAGAAGCAACCUUUCCCAGGAAAGAAUCAGUUGCAUAACAUCUUCAGUCCUUUUUCGAAUGAAAUCAAUCUUUAUUUUUAUAAAACAGUUUUUUGAUAUGUAUUUCUGCAGCAUUAAAAUGUAUUUUUAUGGGUUUGAGCUGACUGUGAUAGGUACACUCACCAGAUGAGACUGACUCUACCUCUUCUAGAUCUUCGGCGGCUGCCUGCUCCCAGAAGCCCCAAGCUCUACCUGCAGGCGAAUGCUGUCACUCAGUGUUCUUCUGCGUUCUGUCUUGUCUCUUUUUUAACUAUGGCAGAACACGUGAUUGUCAUUUUCUGCCUGUGUGCGUGCAUGCAUGCCGGUGCGAGUGUGCAGCCCACACGUACCAGCCAUGUCAGCCUCUCACACUGGAGACUGUGGCCCUGCACUGAAGGAAGUUCUUGGUUUCUAUGGCAACCCCCGUCUCCUCCAAAACAAAAAACUGCCUGCAUGGUGGAGAAAGGGCUGGUUUCACAGUUCAGAGGGGGGCUCAUGCGGACAGACUGGCACGAGGAGAUGGUGUCUGCCUUCUUUUAUUCUUCUUUGAUGGUGGUUUUAUGUGGUGUUCCUUUUUGUUGUUUCUGUGGUGACACUCUGUUUUUAAGAUGGCAUUUUCCACACAACGCUCGAAGUGGAUACCCUUCUUCUUCCAAGUCCCCUCCCCACCCAACUCCAGCUCCUGAACUAACAUGCAGCGACGUUCAAGGCCCAUUCAUAUUUCACACUUGUUCCUUAUCCCAUGCACGAUAACUGGAUCCGCUUCAGGUUCGAAAAAGUAGGAUGAAUAAUAGACUUACCCAGCAAAGUGUCUAACAGGACGGGGAGUUUCAAAUAACGGUCUCCCCUCCCAAUACUGACUGUGUCAGAGGGGCUUCCCGCCCACAUAUAUUUAGCUCUGGAUUCUGUCGGAAUGUGUAAACAACUGCAAAUUUUUCUGUGCAUUUCCAAUGGCGGAGAGCAAUGGCAGACGGCUUUAUUUUUUAAAAAUUUUUUCCUUCCCCUAACCCUUAAGCCCUGUUAACUCUUGCAGUUCUAAUGGCAUGCAGCGACAACAAAUCUGCACGUCCCACCAGCUGGAAGUGCGGCCGUGCUGGAGAGAGGGAGCGAGCGGGGGAGGGGGAGCAGGAGGUGGGCUGCAGCUACUGUCACGUGGAGCUGCUUGCCUUCACAAAGCUGCAGCGCUGGGAGCUGACCCCGCCCACUCUGCACAGGGCCCAUGAUCACUAUUCAUUGGCUCCCCUUCUGGCCAAUCAGGCGAGAAGGGGUUGGAUGAAAGCCCAGCCCCCUCCUCCCCCAACUCACUCCCCAGCCCGUAGCCUUUGUUAGACUGAAAAACAAAUGCUUGCCGCCUGGCAGAGUUUCUGCUUAGAAACUGUUUCGAACAGUUAGAGACAAACUGUUCUGUCUGUUGCCGUUCCUUUGCCUCCAAUUGCUUCCUCCUGAAAUAUAUUUUUUAAAACGUCCUUAUUUUUCCAUUCAGAAAAAAAAUGCCAUUUUUUACAUCGUAUGUUUUAAAUGAAGCGGAAUGAAGGGCGCGCUCAUUGUCAGACGAACGCAGACGAGUAUCUUUAGCUGCGGUGUGGUGAAAAUACCCACCCAGCAGGGAGACCGGGGAGGGGGGUUAGUCUCCAAGCCCACUGUAGUGGGUAAGUGUACAAGGCAGCCGAGCUUGUGGUUGCGCUCUCCACUUGGGCUGACCACAGUACUCAGACCCGCCCAGCUGUAUCUGCACAGCUCUGCUUCUACAAGUUACCGUACGACUGCGAACCACCUCCCAACCUCCAUUCCUUCUCGUUUUUCCGUUUAAGUCGAGAUCCGGAUAACGUGUGUUAAGAAUUGACACUGAGGUCUGCAUCAGAGGUGGGGGCUCUGCUUUGUCCACUUCGCAUGGGCCUUGGGUUUGGCCAGCUGUAGGCUACAGGAGAAAUGUGUAAGCUUUGUAAGCUUGUUUUGUACAUACUUGUGUACAUAAAAAUCCGUGUUAAAUUAUGUUAUUAGUUUGAGUGGUGUCAUUGAGCAGAUUUUAAAUAAUAUAUUUUGUUUAUUUAAUGGAAGUGGUCCAGGAUAUUUAGUCAGGUAGCGCAACCCUGGGAGAAAGUGAGAGAGAAUUUGCUGUUCUCAGGCUCCUCCCGUUGCAUCUCGGUUAAUGUGUGGUAAAGCAGGUGUGUAUAAUUCGGGCCUUUUAAAAAAAAAAAAAAAAAAAAAAAAAGAAGAAAAAAAAUUUGGCCCUUUACGCUGGGGAGAGAGCAAGUAUUCCUUAUGGCAGGCAGGCAGUUCUUGGGCAGCUAAAAACCCAAAAAAGUGAUUAAAUGUCAUAAAACUCAGUUUUUGCUACGUUCUUGAUCUGUUAUCCCAGCUAGUUUGUUUUGCGUAUUUUUAAUCAUAAGAAAUUGUGCAUAAGUAUAUUCUUAAUAGUAACACGUUUUUACGACUGAAAUGGUGUAAGCAACACACAGUUUGCUACCCAGCUAACCCUGAGCUGCAAGUCUACCAAACUAGGCUCGUUCAAUGUAAUAAAUGAUCCAGUUGGGCUAAGUUUCUUUUACGAUCGCUUGUCUGACCCUCAUUUUAGUGUGAGGAAUCGCUUUAGAAAAAAGACGAGAAUUGUCCUGUCACCGUAUACCCAUCUGUGUUUGAGGUCCACGGGCCUCUGAGGAACGAGUAGUUUGCAGUAAAGGUGGCUGGGUUGGACUCCCUGAGAUAGUGUUUAAGCUUUGAGAAUGUGAUGCACAGUUUUUUUAUUUAUUUAUUUAUUUAUUUUUUUCUUUUUGGGUCUGGGUUAAAGGUGCAAGGAGAUGCCAGCAGGCCAAACCUUCCUGGCUAUGGUAAUGGGUAUGACUGACUAAACUCACUAUCCACCCUGGGACGCAGAGUUUACUGAGGACAGAUUCAUCUAGCGAGCCUGUGGUUUUGUGCAAUUAUGAAGUACCACUUGUGUAAACCCGUUCAUCUGAAGAAAGUUUAAACUAAAAACUAGUCUUUGUCCUAAGUGCAAUACAAACACAGCAGUGGUCCCAGGAUUUACUUGGCCUUAUUGGCAUCAGCCUUCUCUCCUCUCUGACAACGCUGUUCAUUUACCAGUGAACCCAAGACCAUUCAUGGCUGGAAAAUUGUGUUUAAUAAAUAGAGAUGUGUUACAAAAGAAACAUGACUGACAAUGGACCGUUUAACAGCAACGCAUGAGGAAUUCAGAAUUUAUUCAUCUUGUUUUUAUGAGAUUUCCAUUUUGUUUCUUGGUUCUUGCUUUUGACCUCAAACUUUGUGUAUGUGUGUUGUGUACAUAAUUAAAUGUACAUAAUUUAAUAUUUACUUUUUGACACCUUUAUAUUCUAUGCAAUACUCUUGUAGCAGGUCAGUAAAUCUAAUUAAAA